CUUCUGCCCAUGGCAGCUGCCGUGGCACUACAUCUUCCCUUUUUUCUUCAUUUUUUCUUCGUCGUCUCCAAGAAUUUUCUCAAAUACAGCCCUCUCUGCUUUGGAGAGUUUCAGACGUUCUGCAAUUCUAGUCCUAUAUUCAUGGCUUCCUCUUCCUCGUCUCCUCAUGAAAGAUCCAUUGUAUCUGCUAAACAAUAUGAUGUAUUCAUCAGUCACCGAGGCCCUGACGUCAAACAAACCAUUGCUAAACAACUCUAUGAGCUUUUCAAGGCUAGAGAGUGCCGGGCAUUUCUAGAUCGUCCAGAGAUAGAAGCGGGAGAUUCUAUUACGUCUGCCAUUGACAACGCCAUUUGCUCAUCUCGUGUGCAAAUUGCCAUAUUUUCCAAGGGAUAUGCAGAGUCCUCAUGGUGUUUGGACGAGCUAGUUCUUAUGCUACAACAAACUGAUGCCCUUUUUAUUCCUGUCUUCUACAAUGUCCAGCCCUGGGAGCUACGCCACAUCGAUGACAAGAAAAAGAUGAAGAAAAAGAAGAAGUCACAGUAUGCUGCGGCAUUUUCUGAUUAUCGAAUGAAAGGCAGGAAUCUUGAUAAGCUGGAUGAAUGGAAAAAGGCCCUCGCAUCUGCUGCAGACAUAUCUGGUUAUGAACUUAGCCUACAGCAAGAAGAUUUGUGUGAAAAGAUUGUAUCUCGUGUGGUACAAGUAGUGCAAGAAAAGGAAAAGAGUAUACCCUUGCAUGUUGCCAAAUAUCCGAUUGGACUUGGUGAAGUAGUCCAAGAUUUUGAAAGGUGUUGUUCAAAGACAGUGGGAAUAGUGGGUAUCUUCGGACUUGGGGGGUCUGGCAAGACUACCCUGGCAAAAGAAUUGUUUAACAAGAGGCGUUCAGGCUACCAUACAUCUUGUUUUAUCUCUGACGUGAGAGAAUCACAUGCCAGAGGUGAAUUGCACUCCUUGCAAAGCCAGCUCUUCAAAGCUCUCUUCGAUGAAGAUCGAAAGUUUAUGAAUAUCGAUGAAGGAUUAGGAAAGCUGAAGGAUCGUCUGGGAAGGGCAAGGCUUUUGCAUUUCCUUAUAGUCUUCGAUGAUAUCGAUCAUCAACACCAGUUAGAUGCCCUGUUACCUGAAGGCGUGCUGGGCUCUGGUAGCCUAGUAAUUAUUACAACCCGUGACAAGAAUGUGAUAAGGACUGCAGAUUUCCUUUAUAAGAUGAUGAAGAUGGAAAAGAAUCAUGCUAAAAAUCUCUUCUGCAGCCAUGCUUUCCGAAGACGUGAUCCACCUACUGCAUAUGAUAAAUUGGUUGAAAGCUUCGUGGAAUUCUGUGGAGGUUUACCCCUCUCACUCUCAGUUUUGGGCGCCCAUGUUUAUGCUAAGGAUGAUUAUUAUUGGGAGCUGGAAUUGGAAAAAGUUAAGAAAAUCCAGCCUAACGAUAUAAUGCAAAGACUCAAAAUUAGCUUUGAUGGUCUGGACAGAGAGGAGAAACAGAUAUUUAUAGAUAUCGCUUGUCUUUUCAAUAAGAAGAAUGAAGUAUAUGAUUUGAAAGGUAAAGCAAUAACCAUCUGGAAGGCGUCAGGUUGGAGCGCUGAGCAUGCAGUUCAAACCCUGCAAGAUAAGUGCCUACUUGAAUUGGUUGACUACAUACGCUACCAACGACCCUUUGAAAACUACAAACAAUACUUUGAAAUGCAUGAUCACCUCCGUGAUCUGGGAAGACAAAUGGCAGAUGACUUGGGCCCUCCUCGCCUAUGGAGACCAGACAUUCUUAGAUCUAUGGGAGCAAAAGGAUUUAAGGAAAUCCUUGCAGAAACAAAGGGCAGGUGUUUCCAUUCGUUCUAUGAUUCGUCCCUCCAAAUCGAGAUUACUUAUUUUACAGCUGAAACUGAUCUCCUGUGGCUUGAAACAAGGGGCAGUUUGUUGUUUGAAAAAUUGAAAAGCAUUCCUUCCUGGAUUCCUCUACAGAAAUUGCAGUGUUUAUCCAUUGAAGGCGUGGGAGAAUUGUGGAGCACUUUUCAGCAACAAUUGCAGAAUAAAACCCAGGCCAGUUUUGAGUUGAGAAAGUUGUGGAUUCGGAAAUCUUCCUCUUUGCAAAAGCUUCCAACAGAAAUGUUCAUUCAUUUGGAAGAAUUAUAUAUAAACAGUUGCUUAGAGGAGACAAAUGCAACAUCCUUUGUGCAAUCAGUUAAACAACUUAGCAAUCUUAGAUCAUUGGUAUUGGAAAGCGGCUCCUUCAGUGGGAGUUUGGAUUCAAUUAAUUUGGAUUUCUCUACAAGCAACCGCAUGGAUAGCCUUAAAAUUAUACAACUUUAUUCUAUUCAAAAGAUCUCCAAGUUGGUAAUUAGUGGAGAGAUGUGUCCCAGACUUCAAUCACUUGAAGUUCAGCAUAUGCAUACUCUAGAAGAAAUAGAAUUAAAGCAGCUAGAAAGACUGAAUACUCUUGAAGUGUCGAAAUGUUGGCAACUGGAAAGCAUAUCGGGGUUAUCUUCUGUAGCAGGGCUUCGAGUGCUCAGAGUAUAUUCCUGUGGAAGGUUGAAAUCGUGGCUGAACCUUGCGCAUCUAUGUCUUCUGGAGCAAAUCAAGAUUUAUGAAUGUCCUAAGGUGCAGAGCGUAGAAGGGGUGGAAGAGUUGCGAGGAUUGAAAAGUCUGAUGAUUGAAAUGCCUGACGAUGGAUAUGCAUCGGUACACAAUUAUGUUUGUGGACUGACGAGGUUGCCGUCAAAGAAAAUUAUUUUGAUACAAAAUGCAGUCGAUAAAGUACCGAUCAAAUUGAAUGCAAAUUUGUUUUCUGGGUUGAUCGGUGCCCAAGCAGUGACUGAGAUUGAGAGAGGAGAGUAUGGUGAGUUGAAGAUGAGAAGCUCAUCGAGUGAAAUCACUAUAUAUGCUUUGCUUGUAACAUCAUUUGAAUCUGGAGAUAGGUACAAUGGGAUAUCAUUUGAACCUAGCGACAAUUAUUUGUUCCUUCUUGAAAGGGGUCUGCUAAUUACAUGUCUACUCAGCGAGCAUGAUAGUGAAUGUAGCCUAACGACAACGACAAUAAAGAUAGGGUUUAAGGCCACAGUGAAAGUUAGGGAAGAAGGGAAAGCUUUAACUCUAUUGCAAAGAAUUGUUGAUCAAUUAUAUAGACAAAGUAGGGUAUCAAACUUGGCGGCAUAUGAUAUGGUAAAGCAGCAACAAAAGCAAGAGCAUUUAGAAGUGUGAUCAACUUUCUCUGACUAUUUGCUAUUGAAUUCAAGUUCAUCUUUAUUAGUCCCUGCCUUUAGGCGGGAGACUAUGUUUUGGAAACAGUGACAGCAAUUUUAUCAUAUGGUUUGCGAUUAUUUUUCCAUUAAAGUGAUUUCUUUCUUUAUUUUUUAUUUUUUCUGAUUGGUCCUUUCUAUUUUUGCCGGCAGUUUUUUAAUUAAAAAUUAAAAACAAGAAAAUUUAUAGUUGUCUUUCUUGGGAAACCUGGCAUUGUGCGAUACAUUUAGUGUGUCUCGUCUUUGCUUGCACAGUUGGCAUACAUGCCCGGCUCAUGCAGAGGUGGUAGUCUUAUAUCAUUAAACGUGCCUUGUCUGUUCUUCCACAUUUUUGAAGGAUGAGGCAGAGAGCAGGAAAAGAAAAACAAAGCCAAAAACAGAGCAUUAAAAGGAAACAGUGCAGUGAAAUUUAAACACAGAAUUUGUCCAAAUUUUUUUUCUAUUUAUAUUCAUAUACCAAUACUUACAAGAUCUACACCAAAUAGAAAAAUUACAAAGCUACUGCUUUCAAGUUUGUUGUCAGAAAAUAAAACAGUUUAAACUCCACUGUUUCUGACUGGCUGUUGCUACAGCACUGGAUGUCUCUCUCAGUUGCUGUUAUAGAAAAUGUGUGGCUGUUCUGUUCUACAUUUUUUUUCUUCUCAUUAUCUCCAAUAAAACUAACUACAAAAUGACCACCAAACUUCUAUUGAAAACAAAAACAUUUCUAGAAGUUUCGUAUGACCCAACUAAGGAGAAAAGUAAAUGCAUUUUAAUUUUUGCUAGUUGGAAAGUCUUGUCUAAGAAGAUAUAGAUUUGCAUUUUUACCAAAAUCUGUCCUCUCAUGCAAAUUUCAAAAUAUUGAUUAAAUGAUAUUAGCUGGAGAAUGAAAUCUGCAAGAUUUGUUGGGGGGCCAAAAAUGAGGAUUUAUGGUGGCAGAAAUAAAUGAGGCAGUUGGGAUUAGUUUUCCAACAAUUUUGCAUACAUGUUUAACAGAGAUAUAUCAAUGUCAACAUCCUGGGCUGAUCUAGCUUCGGUUCGAAAAUGGAUGAAGCAGUUCGGAAUGAUCCAUACGGGUGCACUCUAGCCCUAUAAUGGCACUGCAAGUUCUCUUUCUCAUUGUAAAAUGUGAUGCCCCAUUAUUUUUUAUCCCAUGGUAAUAUGCUAUCAUUGCUAACUUUUGCAUUUA